AAGUUGCCCGGCAACAGGAGGAGACAAAAGGAAUAUUGCUCAUUCAGUAGAUUUUUGCUUAGUAACUUGCGGUCAAAGCUAAAUUCUGAACAGAUGCAUGGUAUUGCUUUUAUGACACUUCGUUUCUUGUGAUGUUUUUACAAUUCAAUUGAAUUUUGGCGGCUACGCGCCCUAACCCGACAACAACAAAUUUAGUUUUGAUAUUGUAUUCUUGAAUUGCAAUAAGUGGGCUGGUAGGGCUUCCCAGGUUUCUCAGGUGAGCAAGCUGUGGAUAGGUCUUUCGUUUUAUUCACAAUUUCAAUUUGUACUGUUUGAUACAGAAGCGGCGGUACAUCUUCAAAUAAGGGGGGGGGGGGCACUACCGACUUUUGUUCCAUUCUUUCCAUGCAACGCCCAUAUAGGUCUAAUGUUAAAAUGGCAAAAUUAAGGCGGGCACGCUACGGUGCCUUGGUGGCCGGUGACACCCCCCCCCCCCCCGUUCUGCCGCCUAUGGCUGGAUAUUUCAUUUUUUUCUGUAUAAGAUCUGCUACCUACUGGCUAGGGUUUCCAUCGCUGUUGGCUGGAUGCUGUCCAGACUGGUGGCGCCACUCAGAUCUUUGGUGGCGCGCUCAAUGACUACAUCUUCCGACACCUGCCGCGUGGCGGCGCUGCAGGUCACCUGCACCGACGACAAGGCGGCGAACCUGGCGCUGUGCUCCUCGCUGGUGGAGGAGGCGGCCGCCGGCGGCGCGCGGGUCGUCUUCCUGCCGGAGGCGUGCGACUACAUUGCGGCCAGCCGACAGCAGGUGGUGGCGCUGGCAGAGCCGCGCGACGGUCCCACGGUGGCCGCGUACCGGGCGCUGGCCGCCCGGCUCGGCGUCUGGCUGUCGGUCGGGGGGUUACACGAGGCCACCGAGCAGAGCCGCGUGCGUAACACCCACCUUCUGGUGUCCCCGGCCGGCCAGCUGGCCGCCUCCUACAGCAAGACACACCUGUUUGACGUGUCCGUGCCGGGCGGGGAGUCAGUCCGAGAGUCAGACUACGUCUGUCCGGGGGAGUCCCUGACGGCGCCCGUCCCCACACCCGCCGGCCGGCUGGGAAUGCUCAUCUGCUACGACCUGCGCUUUCCCGAGGUGAGUCAGCUGCUGCGUCAUCAGGGCGCCGAGAUCCUCACCUACCCGUCCGCGUUCACGGUGGCCACGGGCCGCGCGCACUGGGAACUGGUGCUGCGCGCCCGCGCCGUGGAGACCCAGUGCUAUGUGGUGGCCGCCGCACAGGUGGGGCGACACAACGAGAAGCGCGCCUCCUACGGCCACGCCAUGAUCGUGGACCCGUGGGGACGCGUGCUGGCUGACGCCGGAGAGCGAGCUAACUGUGUGGUGUAUGCUGAUGUGUCGGCGGCUGAACUGACGAGGGUGAGGGUCGGUAUGCCGGUGGCGACUCAGCGGCGUGUCGAUUUGUAUCCUGAGCUGAAUCCGGUCCCGCUCCCACCACUAGCGGACUCGGCUGCGAUCAACAGCGCUGCCGCAGUCUUCCCCGGAGAUAACGAGAAGUUUAAGUUCGGCCAAGUGACGAUAGAUGGCGAUAUGGUGAUUUACCGUUCCAAACUCUCCUAUGCGUUUGUGAACAAGAAGUGCGUGGUUCCCGGUCACGUGCUGGUGGUUCCGUUGUCUGACCGUCUGCGGCUGGUUGACCUGACCCCUGCGGAGGUGGCUGACCUCUUCCAGGUCUCGCAGCUGGUGCAGCGCCUGGUGGAGAAGGUGCACCAGGCCACCUCAGCCACCGUGUGUGUGCAGGACGGACCGGCCGCCGGACAGACCAUCCGACACGUUCAUGUGCACGUGAUGCCCCGCAAACCGGGCGACUUUGCGUUCAAUGAUGACGUGUACGACGCUCUGUCGAAUCAUGACAAGGGGGCGCCGCAGUGGAGAGAGGAGGGAGAGAUGAGAGAGGAGUGUGCCAUGCUCAGAGAGGAACUGCUCCGGCUGUGACAUCGGGGAGAGAUAUCGGACUGGACUGGCUGUCGGGUGUCAGUGUGAUGGCUCACUGUGUAUUUUGGUUUGUGAUGCGAUGACACGUCAGGUUUGUGCGUUGAAGCUCAUGGAGCACCCACGUAGAAAAUACGGGACGUGUAAAAUGGCGCUGCACCAGGGAAAUAAUUUCAUUUUAACGCCGUCUAUAAAUGCUGUGGACUGUAAUGUUUUGUGUGACUGCCUGACUGGUUUAAUGCUGAUAAUUUUUAUGCCUCAAUUGACUUUUGAAAAUUGAUGAAGGUGCUCAAGUGGGUUGUCUAGUGUAUGAAAGUGUUGUUAUGAAUCCCCCAGAUUAUUCCACAUCUUAUUUUAUACAUUUAAAUAAACAACUGAAUGGUGAA